AUGGCGACAGCGGCUCCCGAUUUACCGAAAGCAACUACCGUGGCCUUGGAUGCCGAGUUGCACGAUUUGUUGCAGCUCCACAGGAAACAUGAAGUUGUGUUCGGGGCGUCUCAUCACACGUUCAGGUUGUCCGACUACUCGGAAUGCAGCACAUCGUGCGAGAUCCACAUUUCCAACAUUCCGUCGGGCGCUUCGCUGGUUCAGCUCGUUCGACUAUUCGAGCCCCAGGGAAAAUUAUUGAGAUUGACGCUGUUCGUUGACGACGAUGGAGUUUCCGUGGGGAAGGCCACCGCAGUUUACGAGAACGAAGAGGACGCCAUGACUGUAGAGGAAGGGUUGAACGGGGUCGUGUUGUCGGAACGAGGGCCGUACAAGGUUGUUUCGGCGCGAUGGGGGAGCGCUCUGGGCAAGAGCGAAGCACUGCGGAAGAGCACCGAAGGUCUCAUCGUCAGGACUGAAAUGGGCCGUCGACUCUACGUCGCCAACAUUCCCAAGGUCAAAACUAAGGAAGAUAUCUUCAAUCACUUCAAUCGGUUCCUCGGAGGAUUGGUCGACGUCAUGGUGUACACCUACCCUGGUUCGACCCAGAACCGCGGCUUCUGCUUCAUCGAGUUCAAUUCGUCGAAAAACGCUAUGUUCGCGAAAGAAACGAUCGUCGCGUCCAGGCCUUGGGGCUGCGAGGUCGUCGUCGAUUGGGCCGACCCCGAGCAGGAGCCCGACGAGGAAAUCAUGAAAUCAGUGAAAGUACUGUACAUCAAAAAUCUUUCUCCCAGAGUCACAGACGCCGACCUGAGGAGAGCAUUCGCGGAACGAGGACUGCAGGUCGAGCGGGUGAAAGUGAUCCGAGACUUCGCUUUCGUACAUUUCUUCACGCGUUCGUUGGCCGAGAAAGCCAUGAAGGUCUGUCAGAACCUCACCUUGGACGAUCUACCGCUGCAAGUCAGCUGGGCCAAACCGCCCAUCAACAAAAGGAUGCGCGAAGAAAUUCUGCGUAGACGGGAACGCAGAAUGCGCCGCAUGCUUGCAUCGAGGUAUAAUUGUUUCACCGCCAACGUCGGUCAGGGGGAUUUCUGA